GCCAGCCACCGGCACCUUAGCAGACGUUCACAGAAUUAGAGAGGAGAGACGUUUCUAAAUGGAGUGCGCACUGUGAAUCCUACCUGGGAAACCUAGGUGCAGGGAAAAUAUUUUACACUCCCGCUUCAGACUGUGGAGCAGCGGGAACUAGUCUGCGAGGAAUAAACAUGGCCCCAGAUAUAUUACUCCGUGGAGUCUUGACGUUAUUAUUUGUGACUUCAACCUGCUUUGGAUUUAAUAUUGACGAGCGGUUCCCAGUCAUCAAAGAAGGAAAAACCACUGGCAGUUUAUUUGGAUUCUCCGUAGCUUUGCAUUAUCAGACACAAGGCUCGAAGCAAUACCUCCUCCUAGCAGGAGCCCCUAAGGAGAAGGCUCUGUCGCAGCUGAAGAACGUCAACGAGACAGGUGCCAUCUACUCCUGCCCCAUCAACACAGAUACCUCUGACUGCUCCAGGAUGGAUCUGGUCAGCUCAACCGACCCCUCCGAGAUGGUGGAGGGCAUGUGGCUUGGCGUGACGGUUGCCAGCCAGAGAAAGAAAGACGGGGGACGCGUGCUGGCGUGUGGUCACCGCUACGUUAAGAUGGUGGGAGGCGCCCCGGAGGAGCACAGGCGCAUGGUGGGAAAGUGCUACGUCAGGGGGAACGACCUGACCUUUGACCCCAGAGACGGGUGGCAGACCUACAACUACGAGGUGUGCAACUCCAACUACAACGAGAAGAGCGAGGGCUUGUGCAGCAUGGGCAUGUCCGCAGGCAUCACGGACACCGACGUCUACAUCGGCACUGUGGGAAGCUACACGUGGCAAGGGAAUGUACACAUCACUUGGAGAGACCCUGAUCUGGACAUCCCCUUGGGCUCAGACUUUGGAGAGCUGACCAGCAGAAACAUUUACAUGGGUUAUUCUGUCCACGAGGACAAGAACCUGCUGAGUCGAAACGAAGACACGGUGGUAACAGGGUCUCCCAGAGACGAGUCCAAGGGCUCUGUGACUCUGGGGAGGAAGGACACCAGACUGGUUCCUGUGCUCGUCAUCCCUGGGGAACAAGUGGGCUCGUACUUCGGGAACAGUCUGGCUGUUGCCGACCUCAACAAUGAUGACUGGAACGACCUGAUCGUAGGCGCGCCGUUUUACUUUGACCAGAGGAAGGAGAAGGGAGGAGCAGUGUACGUCUAUAUGAACGAGAACGGAUCCUUCCAGGAGAGCCCGACCCUCGUACUGAAGGGCCCCAGGGGGUCUGGGUUCGGCUUCGCUGUGGCAGCCAUCGGUGAUGUCAACCAAGAUGGUUUCCAAGACAUUGCUGUUGGGGCACCAUUCCAUGAAAACGGGGAGGUUUACAUAUGGAUGGGAAGCAAGAAAGGAAUUUCAGGGGAAGCCAGUCAGGUUAUUAAGGGGAAGUCAGUGAGCAGUGGGUUUCAGACGUUCGGAUAUUCCAUCAAUGGGGGUAUAGACAUGGACGAGAACAGGUACCCGGACAUCGUAGUGGGUUCCCUGGACGAUCGCAUCGCUCUGCUCAGAGCUCGUCCAGUUAUCCACAUCUCUAAGAACUUCACGGUGCAGCCAAAGAUUGUUGACCCCAAGCAGUGCCCACCUAAGGACAAACCUUGUAUCACAGUGACGGUGUGUUUCUCCUACACGCUCAGCACGGGAAAUAAGGACUUGAAGAAGGACGUCACUGUGAACUACACAGUGAAGGCAGACAUGGACCGUAGGAGCCCCAGGGUUAGAUUCCUGGUCAACCAGGAUGAUUCGUACUCUGACCUCUUGACCUUGCCCUCUCCUACGGCCGUGUGCAGUGUGCUGCAGCUCAUCGUCAAGGAGAACGUGAGGGACAAACUGGAGCCGGUGGUGUUCUCUCUCAGCAUGUCUCUGCAUGAGACCAAACCCAAAGCCCGGCGCUCCCUCCAGAACCUUGACUCCUUCCCCAUCUUGAGCCACAGGGAGAAGGUCACGGAGAGAACUGAGAUCCACUUCCAGAAAGAGUGUGGCAAAGACAACAAAUGCAGCAGUAACCUUCAGCUAAAGGCUGAGUUUGCUAACGAGGGUAAAACACCUUACCCUAGUAAGGGGAACCUGCAGGUUCUUCAGUAUAGCAGUGAUGUAAAGAAGGUGAUGUUGCUGGUGGAGGUGACCAACACACCCAGCCAGGGGAAGGUUGCAGAGGACGCCCACCAGGCCAUGCUGAACAUCACCAUCCCGGACGUGCUGCGCUACUCUGGAUUCAGGGCCCCGGACCUUGAUGUAGAAUGCAGUGCAGAGGGAACUGUCUUGUGUGAACUGGGCAAUCCAUUGAGAAGUAAUGAGAAGGUUUCACUGCUAAUCAUAUUUGAGACUUCGGGUAUUACGCUCUACACACAAGAGAUUGAGUCCCGCUUACAGCUGUCCACGUUGAGUGAACAGAACGACCUGUUCCCUGUACCUGUGGUCAUGCUGAUUGAGAACACCAUCCUGACAUCCUUCUCAAUAGAACAGCCCCAGGUUCUGACCCAGUUCAGUGGCGAGGUCAUGGGGGAGUCAGCCAUGAACACCACAAGCGACAUUGGCAGUCUUGUGGAGUACACCUUUAAGGUGAAGGUGUUGGGACAGCCUCUGGGCAGCAUGGGGAUGCUGGCACUGGAGUUUGAUUGGCCGUUGGAGGUGACCAAUGGGAAGUGGCUGCUGUACCUGACUGAGAUCAUCACCAAGGGAACGGCAGAGAGUCGUUGUGUGCCUCCUGAGGACGUAGUCAACUUCCUCAACCUCACUCUGUCCAACAGAAGAAGCAAGCGGCCGAAGAGGGAGGUGGAGGAAGAGGCCAUCCGGCCCCAGAUCCUCGAGCCGCAGGCGGCCAUCACUGUGCUGUCUCCUCGCAAGGAGUCCUUCCUGCUGGACUGCUCCCUGAACACAGCCCGCUGUGUGACCUUCACCUGCCCUCUGACCAACAUGUCCCAGUCUGCCCAGGUCACAGUCAGGGCACGCGUGUGGAACAGCACCAUGCUGGAGGACUAUGCCAAUUCUUUAAGAGUGACAGUGAAGGGGAAGGCCACUCUGAAGCUGAUUACAGACAAACCCACCAUAAAGAUGAAAGAUGAAGCCAGAGAGUUUGGACUGAACAUUGAUCCAGUGCUGGGGGAGGAGACCCCCUACGAGGUCCCCAUGUGGAUCAUCAUCGUUGCCGCGGUAGCCGGGAUCCUGUUGUUGGGGGUCAUCAGCCUGAUCCUGUGGAAGUGUGGCUUCUUCAGGAGGGCCAGCAGGAGGGAGAUGUACGAGGCCAAAGGCCAGAAGGCUGAGAUGAAGAUCCAGCCCUCUGAAACAGAGAGGCUGACUGAGGACUACUGAGACCAGCAGGCCGCUCACCAGCACAGGCCGCUUGGGCUCCUGGCUUGGUUUCUUCAGACGGGCCAUCUACUACAGGAUCAUGCCAAAGUACCACGGAGUCAAGAUCCGCCGGGAGGAACGCUACCAGUUAGAGUACCAGUUCAACAUGGGCUUCAUGCCUGAAGACCCACAGAAGAAGUACUGGGUCACCAACUGGACUGAGAUGCAACAAUACUACUACUGAACCUCUCAACCACUUCACCGUUGAACCCUGAACUCUUAAACCUGAUGAAAGAGAAGAAUGGGGUUGUCACAGGUUGGAUUUUUACAAACUAUGGACCAAACUAUUGGUCAUUUUGUUAACAAGUCCUAGUACGUUUUCAUCAAAACGUGUUUUUUUUCUUGUUCUGAGUGCAAUAUGCCAUUGUUCUAUUCUGAGGAUCAGGAUAUUUAAAGUAUUUUGGUGAAAGCAGUGUUGUAUGUUGUAAAAACAUCCCAUAUUGGUUGUAAAUGUAUUUUCCAUGUGUUAUGUACUGUACUUGUAUGUACUGGAAUAGACAUAUUGGUGUAUAUUUUGUUUUAUUUUAAUUUUUCUAAAUUCCUAAUGACAUUUAGAAGCAGCACCAGAUUUUCUCCCAAAAAGGUCAAUCCGUUAAUUUAAAUUUUUUGUGAUUGUAAAUGUCAUUAUUUUCUUCUCCUACUAUUUACAAUUGUGUUCCAUGUUGGUUGUAGGUUACGAUGUCACACAGACCUAGAAUGAUGUUUUGGGAUAUAUUUUUAGCAAGUUAAAUGCUAAACUAGCAAUUGUCAUGCAUUAACCAAUGACAACAUAACAACAUGAGUGCCUUACAAGUGAUCAGCUCAGUAUUGAUAUCUAAAUUGAUGAUGUUGCUACCACAUGAGAUGCCUGUUUGUAGCUCACAGCCUGGCCGUGAGAUAAUGAGCACACUGGGGAAGUCUUUAUGGAGACCAAGAGUACAGUGGAUGAAGAGAAAGAUGUUUACACUCCAACUCCCACCACUUCCAUUGGUUUUUGAUCGAUGGAACAGAAUCCUGUACAUAGAAAAGGCAUAGAGAGAGAAUGACAGAACGUUGCCACAUGAUACAGAGUGGUCUGGCCAGCUGCUGUUGCAGAUAUCCCCUUCUGGAAUCACCCCUAAACAUUCUUUUUAGGAAUAGAAUAGCCUAGUCUAGUUAACGUGGUCCAUCGCUGGUCCAACAUGGUGGUGGGAUGGUUGGAGUGCACUUGAAUUGUCUGUGGCCAACAGGAGAUGUGCUUCACUAAAUUAUUAUUUAUUACACUGUACUGUGUGAGUACUGCAGUUAAGUACCUGUGUGGCUUGUUACCAUAGUCACCUGAGGGAGUCGCAACACUGGAUGAAAUAUAAAGACCGUCUGCCAUGAGAUUACAUCAUUUUGGUGCACAGACACUAAUUAUGGUGAUGUUGAAAUCUAAACUCUUGACUCUUUAAAGUAAAGACGUGGAUUUAAAAUUUGAUGAGAUUUUGUUGAUUUUGAUUCGGGCUUGGUUUUCUAUAUCUAGUUGUAGGUCUCAGAGAAAGACCUGCCUGUUAAUGGGCUUCACUGUACCACUGGAAAUCACUUAGUCCAGUCUUUGUCUGGAAAUCCACUAAGAUAUACUCAGCUUUACAGUUUGUUACCUUGUGUACGAGCGAUACAAGACCGUUGUAAUGAAUAAAUGUUUCCUGAUUUGAAAUGUGCAUUUUUUUUUACAUUGCCACACUUUUGUGUUUUGUUUUGUUAAUUUUUUGUGUUUCUCUCUUCACUGUGUUUUCGUAUGUUUGUACAAUUCACGAUGCGAUCUUGGAAGUCAUCCUAGAACAACACGAAGCUCUGAAUGACUGGCACCAAGCCCAGCUGCUGCCUCGCCUCUCAGGUAGUCACCUUAGAUGCUCUACCUGAGUCACCUGAGGUGCUCUUCCUGAGUCACCUGAGGUGCUCUACCUGAGUCACCUCAGUCACCUGAGGUGCUCUACCUGAGUCACCUCAGUCACCUGAGGUGCUCUACCUGAGUCACCUGAGGUGCUCUACCUGAGUCACCUGAGGUGCUCUACCUGAGUCACCUGAGGUGCUCUACCUGAGUCACCUGAGAUGCCUUCGUAGUCUGUGCUCUCGGCUCUACAGACCUUGUACUGACUAAAUGAGUUGGGAAGGUGUGGGGGAGGGGCUGCUGCGUCAAGGCACCAGCUCUCCUGUGCUACACUGUGGGUUUCUUUUAUACUGUGCUGUUCCAGUGUAAUUAAACAGUUUCUAAGAAGUCCAUUGUG